UUCCUCUUUCACUAACACUUCUUCAGGACGCAGUUUCAGACCUCAACUCUUGUUAGCCUGCCAAAGACAAAACCACACAUACGCAUCUUUGUCACUUAAUUUGAUGUAUACGUACUUUGUUGACUUUGAUUCUAGAGCCUGAAAGUACAUUUCUCCUGCUGAGCGGUGGAGCUGGUGAACGUGCUUCACUGCAUCCCCUUUCCUGUGUGUGUGUGUGUGUGUGAGUGUGUUUGUGUGUGUUAGAGUGUGUGUGUGUGUGACGGCCUGACAGCUAUGUGUGUGUCUGUGCAGUAGCAUACAAGCUGUGUGUAUGUGUGUGAUGUCAGGAGACACCAGCACCCUGUCCUGGAGGAGCAUGUCUCCUACCAACCGAUCAGAUUCCUUGGAUGCUUCGCCCACAGCAACUGAUGACAGGGACAGGCUCUUCAUGGUGAAAAUCAUCAAAGUGUGUUUCCUUAGCAACAGCUCCAACUUGGGCAAGAACUUCAAACUGGUGCGCUGUGAGGAGGGCUGGACUGUCAGGGCCAUCAUUAAAGGGGUGCUGUCCAGUGGCUGUGUGGGUCCACAGAUAAAGUACAGCCUCUGCUAUGGCCUCCUCCUCAAACACCUCAAGUCCUCAGAGAUCCACUGGCUGCACCCAGAUCUUACAGUGUCCGAACUCACCCAGCGCUAUGAACAGCAACACCUGGAGGCCGAGUGGAGAUAUGACCUGAGGAUCAGAUACAUCCCAUCAGACUUCAUGGAGAAAUUCCAAGAAGAUAGAACCACAAUGCUCUACUUUUACCAACAGGUGCGCAGUGACUACAUGCAGCAGUAUGCUUCAAAAGUCAGUGAUGGGAUGGCGCUGCAGCUCGGUUGUCUGGAGAUCAGGAGAUUCUACAAAGACAUGAAUCCAAACGGGCUGGAGAAAAAAUCCAACUUUGAACUCUUGGAGAAGGAUGUGGGUUUGGACCUGUUCUUUCCAAGAGAGCUGAUCAACAGCAUGAAGCCGAAACAGCUGCGCCGGCUGAUCCAGCAGACGUUUCAGGGCUACUCUACUCUGAAACAGGACCAGUGCAUGACCAAGUUCUUCACCACUUUGUCUCAGUGUUACAGCUUCACACAGGAGAGCUUUGCCUGUCAGCUGGUGCACGGCUGGAGCAUAAAAAUAGACCUGGUCAUUGGCCCUGAAGGCAUCAGUCAACAAACUGAGAACUCAACUCCCGUCAGUCUGGCUGCGUUCUCUCAGGUGCGCAGCAUCUCCUGCUCUGCAGGGAGUGAAGGCCAGGCUAUGCUCACUGUGCACAUAGAGGGAGCCAAGCAGCCGCUGUCAGUGAUCACCUCCUCCAUGGCUGUAGCAGAGAACAUGGCUGACCUGAUCGAUGGCUACUGUCGACUGGACGGCAGAUCUGCAAGCUCGCUCAUUAUCAGAGCCAGCAAAGGGAAAGACACACGACACAAACUUCCUGACAUCCCGAAACAGAGUGUUCGCUGUGGCUCUGAUAGAGGCUCUGAUAUUUAUGCUGAGAUUCCUGAAAGAGGAGCAGACUCUGAUGAGAAACACAUGAUAUCCAGAGAUGACGUCAUCGUGGGUCGGAUCUUGGGUGAGGGAUUCUUUGGAGAAGUUCACGACGGAGUUUUCAAAAGUCCAAGCGGAGAGAGGAUCCAUGUGGCUAUAAAAACAUGUAAGGACUGUUCAGCUGAUGUAAAGGAGAAGUUUCUCAGUGAAGCCGGCCUGAUGAAAAAUCUGGAUCAUCCCCACAUCGUGCGUCUCAUUGGAGUAAUUGAGGUUGAUCCUGUCUGUAUCGUCAUGGAGCUCUAUGAACACGGAGAGCUGGGGAAAUAUCUUGUGGAGCAGCAGUAUUUAGUGACCACAGCAACAUUGAUCCUGUACUGUUUACAAAUCAGCAAAGCCUUGGCUUACCUGGAGGGACUUAACAUGGUGCACAGAGAUAUAGCCGUGAGAAAUGUCUUGGUGGCUUCACCUAAAUGCGUGAAACUCGGUGACUUUGGUCUGUCACGCUAUAUUGAUGAUCAGGAGUAUUAUAAAGCCUCUAUUAGCCGAUUACCUAUCAAAUGGAUGGCACCUGAAUCAAUCAAUUUCAGACGCUUCACUGCAGCCAGUGAUGUGUGGAUGUUUGGUGUGUGUGUGUGGGAGAUCUUCUCCAUUACUCAGCAGCCUUUCUCCUGGCUGGAGAACUGGCAGGUGAUUGACCAGCUGGAGUCUGGAGUUCGACUCCCCAAACCUCAGAUUUGUCCACCCACUGUCUACUCCCUGCUCACUCGCUGCUGGGCCUAUGAGCCGCCGGGCCGGCCGGGCUUCAGCCAGAUCGUCUGUUCCUUAAGUGAGAUCCACAGGAUGGAGCUGGAGCAGGAACUGAAACCAGACAGGUCCAGCUCCAUCCCAUCGUUAUUCUUCUCCGGCGGCGCAGAUCCCCCACCCAAGCCAUCCAGAUUACAAGGCAACACUCUUCCUCGGGUUUCACACAUGCAGGCAGCAGAGAAGGACUGCCGGCCAGAGUGGGAGAAAGUACAAUCACAAGUGGAGGACACGUUACAAAGACAAAGACAAGAGAUGAUGGUGGAUAAACAGUGGCUGGAGCAGGAGGAAAGACAACUGGAUCCUGUUGUCACAAAUUCACAAAUCAAGCCUCCUGAAAAAAGCCCAGAAAAUGGGCCUCCGAAGAAGCCACCAAUGCCUCCUCCAGUCACACAGCCUCGCCCCACAGCUGAGCUGGACCGGUCAGGGGAUCAGGUUUACACUGGGGUCAUGGUGAUGGUGCAACAAGUGGUCCAUCUGAAGAAUGAUGUCAGCACUCUGUCCGCCUCCGAGUAUCCCAGUGCUGUCAAAGCAGUGGGUGUCACACUCCGUAACCUGAUACAGAGUGUUGAUGAGAUCCUGCCGUCUUUACACUGCUCUGUCACCACAGAGAUUGAAGGCACUAAGAAGCUGCUAAACAAGGACUUAGGGGAGCUGAUCAACAAGAUGCGAAUGGCUCAGCAGAACUCAGUCACAUCACUGAAGGAGGAGUGCCAGCGACAGAUGUUGGCAGCUGCUCACACUCUGGCUCUUGACUCCAAAAACCUGCUGGACGCUGUGGACCAGGCUCGCAUCAGGGCUAACCUGGCCAAACCAAGACCGGACUCCCAAGUGGCAGGAGAUUCUGGGGAAUGAGGCCCAAACAUUAUAUUGACUAGAUUCAAACAUUUUGCAGAUUACAGUGAAUUGUGAGUUUGUAUGGGAUGGUGGGACUAUUCAUGCUAAAUAAAAUGUUUCAUAAAAACA